AAUAUUCAUCAGUCUAAAGAUGAAAGGAUGCAGAAUACUUACGUUAAACCCAAAUCUGUUGAUGAAUCGCAGUGCUUCCUUCCUGAAGAACCACCAGAAAAUGAUUUUAUUGCCUCGGAAACAAAGGAAGACAAUUUACACGGAAGUGGCCUAGGUCUCUCUUCAGCAGGCCAAUCGGGCUCUCUCAUUCACUUGUCUUCCAGUAAAUCAAUCGAACUGAAAGCAAUUGCAAGAAAAGCAAAUCAGGUAGUUAUUUAG